AUGCUGGUAAACCAUUCAUGUGAGCCAUUCAGGGUUAAAUUAAUAGAUUUCGGCUGCUCCCUCCAGACCUCUGCAGUGACUCUUGGAAUGACCAUACAGCCUAUGGGGUACCGAGCACCUGAGGUCACCCUUGGCCUUCCGAUAUCUGAGCAAGUGGAUAUGUGGGGUCUUGGCUGUGCUCUCACCUUCUUGCAUGUCGGCCAGCAUCUUUUCGCGACAAAUUGCGAGUACCAGAUGAUGAAUACCAUCGUACAAAUACGAGGGCAACCAGCUGACUCACUCCUCUUAGCAGGGAAAUAUAGCGAGAAGUAUUUCAACCACAUGAACUUUGAACAGUGGAAACUAAAGACUCCAAAUGAAUAUAAGCUUACGAAUGGUGAAGAGACUAAAACGUGGAAAAUAAGGCUAAAGUCUCUGGAUGCCCUGAAAACUAAUCAAGCGGAUACAAGAGAGGUGUUCAGCGAAUUUGAAGAUCAGAAUGAAUUUGUUAACUUUCUAAAAAGUCUUCUAAACCUUCAAGCUGAGAGAAGAAUCACACCGGCAGAUGCCCUCAAGCAUCGAUAUGUCUCGAUGGCUCAUCUGGUUCAUGAGAGCCACACAAGCUCAUAUGUGGACAACGCUUUUGAUCAAAUGCUGGUGUGCCCCAUUGAAGGAUUUGAAGAGGAGCUCAUCUCAGAUAGUGAGGAUGAGGACAAGCCCGCCUACAACCUCAUUUUACAUUCGUGGUCCUCUGAUGGAGCAGGAGACACGGGACAUUGGAGCAUUAGCAGCUCAUCGCAGAAAACAGCUGAGAGACAAACUGAGCAGGAUGCACUUGAGUCACUACAGGAUUAUGAACAAACUGACCAAGUUGAACUCGAGGCAGUACAGGAGAACCGACAUGAAAAAAAGACCCCUGUUUUUGUGUGCAGCGGUUGUGGAGUCUUGUUUAAGAAGUAAAUAUCAAAAAAUGGACUCGUGAAGAAGAAAGUGUCUCCAUUUACCCUUUAAAAUGGCUUUGGAAGAUUGUAGAUACGAAAAAAACCACGUUUGAAAGAGCUCCACCAUCGAAGGAAUUCUCAUUACCAACGUUGAUACGUAUAUAUAGUUUGUUUAUUUGUUUUUGUAUUCCUCACUCAAACUGAAUUUCAUUAGAACAAGUUUUAAUAAAAUUAUUUUUG